GACUUUGACCACCACAACAGGUGGGUGAAUAACUGUGUCGGGCACCGCAAUUACCGGCUUUACCUGCUGCUGGUCCUGUCCCUGUGUCUAUACACUCUCGCCGUGCUGGUCGCCUGUGUGAUGGUCCUGGUGCGCACGACCCACCUGCCCUACGGUCUGGACAAGAUCAUCACCAUCGUGGUGGCUGUACCCGCCGCCGGCUUCCUGGUGCCUCUCUUCGUGCUGCUGCUCAUCAAGGCCUGGUCGGUUAGCAAGGCUGAGCGCUCCCACGAGGGCAAGUACCAAUACCUGCAUCUAAAGAACCCUUUCGACCUUGGCUGUGCCAGAAACUGGUGUUUCACAAUUUUUGCGCCACAAGGACCCAAGUACAUGGCCGAAGCCGUUGGGCUACAGAGCGCGGUGGGGCCUGACUGGGUGCCCAUGCAGACCCUGCACUGCUCGAGAGGCCCCUCGGGGCCCAGUCCUCCAGCCGUCCUCAGGCCAGGGGCUCACCCCCACAUCCAAACUCGGGGUCUCUACACACCGGGACGGGCUCCCCCAGGGCGUCGACAUCCUGCAGAUCUCCAGGAGGCAACUUUUAAUCUGGAGCUGAGUGUAUGAACCAUGUGGAAGUGGACCAUCAGGAAUGAAGUGGGGGU